GUCUAAAUUAAAUAAGUGUUAAGUUAAGAAAAAUUGAUUUAUUUAAAAAUAGACACUCUUUUUAAGGCAAAUCCAGUUAAAGUUUAAUACACAUAAAUUGAAUUUUUAUUAUCAUGGUCCCAAACCAUACGUAUACCGCUUAAGACAAAGAAUUCGAUAUGUUUUUGAAAAAAGUCAAUUGUUUUGUUGUGGUGAAUUUUCCGUAUGAAGAGAGAUGUGAAUUUGUUAAAAAGGCUAAUUGCUUAGCCGGAACGAAUUUCGUACCAUAUAUACAUUUAUUAGCCUGUGAUUUUAAAUGCAAAAAUCAAUUUCAGGAGUUUGCCUUCGUGACCGCCUUCCUGCUGUUAAGUGUCGAGUUGCUGCUCUGCCUCGGCUAUGUGGUCCAUUAUUACUACAGUCCAGCGUUGAAGGUUGUUGCGCGGAUGCUCCAAAUGGGCGAGCAUCUCGCUGGCGUAACGAUAUUGACCCUUAGCAAUUCAACGCCGGAUCUGUUUAGUAAUUUUAUGGCACUAAAAGAUGAUGUGCCUGUAUAUGCCAAUUGCCUCUCAGGGUCAUUGUUUGUGGUAAUGUUCGUAGGCGGAUGGAUUUGCUAUAUCAGUCCGUUUAAGAUGAACUCUUCUUCGACCAUGCGCGAUCUACUUUUCUUGCUCUUUGCUGUGCUUCUCAUGGAAUAUUUAAUGCAAACAGGCGGAAUAAUGACACUCCGGAAUACUAUUUCUCUUCAUUCUUUAUUUAGUCGUCAAUAUUGUUGACGUGUAUCUUGUGCGCAUGGCCAUGAAGUCGUAUAAGCACGAAUUAGACGAACUAGAAGAUGUGGACCAAACAUACGAGGUUAUAAAAAGACGCGAGCAAUUGCAGCAUAAAUAUGACCAUAUUGCAGUGGAUCACCGCGUGCGUAUAUUGAGGAGGAAACCGACCUACACCAGCGUCAAUUAUGAAACGUUCAGCUAUACGACUAAACGAUCGACAAUACAUGUGACCCUUAAGAAGCAUUCUUAUCGCAAUGCUAUGUACAAUAUGGCCGUAGGUAAUAAUGUCAAUCUCUUUAGCGAGUUUUUCUACGCACUCCGGCCCGUUGUUUUAGCUGAUUGGCGCAAGGCUAAUCUUCUUAUACGAAUCUUUUAUGUUGCCAGGACUCCAAUUGUAAUAAUAUGCGCGAUAUAUAUACCCGUUGUGGAUUACGAGAUGGAUAAAAAUGGCUGGAGCAAGCUCCUGAAUUGCCUGCAUAUUAUCAUUAAUCCGGCGAUCACAAUCGUAUUGGGAGCGGCUUUGAUAUUCAGAGAUAAAUCGAGGCUCUGGUAUUCAAAUAUACCUGAUGCUUCCAUAUACGGCCUUUACUCCUUUGUGUUAACAAUUCCCAUUUCGGUUUUUACGUUUUUUCACUCGAGGACUAGUGCCCCGCCAGCAUAUCAUUGCUUGUAUACGAUCAUGAAUCUGACUGGAUCCAUGUUUCUGACAUUCCAGUGUGCUGCUGAAAUUUCCAUGAUAAUGGAUGUUUGUGGUCACAUACUACAGGUUCCAUCCAACUUCAUGGGUGCCACUAUAAAAUCCAUCUCAAACUCCAUUGCUGAUCUGGUAGUCAAUACUUCGUUGGCUUUGCUUGGGUAUGAAAAAAUGGCCUAUGCAGCAACAAUUGGAAGUGCAUUCUGCGCUUUAAUCCUGACCACAACCUCUGUGAUAGCAGGCAAGAUUGCCAUCGGCAAAUCUGUUACAGCUCAAAGUAUGGCCGGAAAUUAUGGUGAAAAUGCGUAUAUCCUGAUGGUUAUGGGGAUCUUGUCAACGCUGCUGUGGACAGCGGUGUUAAAUUAUAAUGCUCGCCGUUCUGUUGGAUUAUUUUCAAUGGCCAUCUACCUACUCUACCUCGUCUUUGCGGUACUCAUUAGGGCCGGUUAUAUCCAUCAAUUCACAUAUGACGACUAUCUCGUCGAUGCCUAUGAAAACUAGAAUAAAAGAAAUGAUUACCAUCAA